ACUACUAUAAUAUCAAAAUUCAAAUUAAUCCAAACACAUGGAAAGUUUCAUAUUUAAGUGAUAGGGUACCGGUCGCCACGCAGCCCACGCACGUUGGGGUGAAGAAGAUUGAAAUUGACGAACCGUGCCGUCCCCGUCGGCUAAACCCUUCCUCCUUCCUGGUGGUGAAAAUCGAGGGAACUGAGCUGCAGUUGAUUGCUUGUCACGUGCUUUUGGCUAGGAAGCAUAAAAUGGCUGGGGAUCAUGUAUCCCCGAGAAAAGAUAUUGCUUCGGUCAAACAUAGGAAAAUUAGAUUGGUUCAGGCGCCCUCCAGUCCUGUGACUGCCAGUUUUGAUCACUCAAAUUUCACUGAAUCGGAAAAUGACAAGAGUUGCCAUCAAAAGUCCGAAACAAAAUCUUCUCAGAUGUUAACCACCGCCGACCUAAUAUCUGCAGCUGUUUAUGCAUGGGAUCGAGCCAGAUGGCCUCAUACUGCACCUCUGUCUGAAAAUAAUUCAACAUGCAAAACUGAAGUUGUCCGAGGUUGUGAUAUGGUUUGCUAUUCAACUGAUAAAGGAUCUCUUGCAGCAACUACUUCAGCUGAUGACCAAUCGAGCUCUCAUGAUCUGAAUAGCAAAGCAAAUUUUGUGCUGCGGCAGCUGCGUGGAAGUCUGGAGCAUUCAAAAGUGAACAAAAACAUACCAUACCCUUUACCUAGUGGUAAACAUUUUUUACCCUGGGGGAGGGUCCUUGGAAGAUCCGGAAUUGUGGAUGACUUCUUCACUGCCAGGUGUCUUUUGCAUACUCAAAGGCUACCUAAUUGGGGAAGCACUUACAGCUGGAUGAGCCAGGUGAACUCAACUGGGCACAGAAGUACAAGUGAUUGUUGUACUGAUAAUUGUUCAAUGAUUUCAGAAUCUUCAGCUGGUAUCUGUAUGCCUUCUGAUAGUACUGUCAAUGUCUUGAGUAUGAAAAUUUCUGGUUCUGAGUCCGAAACUGCAAAGCCUUUAGAUUUAUCAUUUCGCCCGGUCUCCAGCAUAGACGUGAAGACAUUAACUACUACAUGCUCACGGAAGGAUAUAUUGCUUGACCAAAAUUCUGAAAGGGCUGAUUGUAAUAUAGUUACUUCAAGCAGUGAUGCAGCCUUUGUGGGCUCCAAGUUAGCAUCACUUGAUGAAGAUUGUGAAAAUGGCUUGUACGAGGACCAGGAAAAUCAAGAAAUAAUAUUUGGAAGCACUGACUCUGGGGUGAAAAUGAGCUUGUCAGCAAAGGAAAAACCUAACUAUAAAGUUGCGAAGCAAGAGCAUGCCUUUGCGGGAGCAAUGGCUGGGAUAGUAGUUAGCCUGUGUCUUCAUCCCAUUGACACAAUUAAGACAGUUCUUCAAUCAUGCCGAGCGGAUCAAAAACCCCUUCACAUCAUAGGCUGUUCUAUUAUUGCUGAGAGAGGGAUGUCGGGGCUUUAUCGUGGCAUUUCCAGCAAUAUUUUAAGCUCAGCUCCGAUAUCAGCCGUGUACACAUAUACAUAUGAAUCAGUCAAGGGACACUUACUUCCCCUCCUUCCCAAGGAAUAUUCCUCUGUGGUCCACUGCACAUCAGGGGGUUGUGCAAGUAUUGCUACAUCAUUCAUUUUUACUCCGAGUGAGCGGAUAAAACAGCAAAUGCAAGUUGGGUCUCACUACAGGAAUUGCUGGAAUGCAUUCAUACAUGUUGUCCAAAAUGGUGGCGUGCGUUCGUUGUAUGCUGGAUGGGGAGCUGUGCUCUGCAGAAAUAUUCCUCAUUCUGUGAUAAAGUUCUACACAUAUGAAAGCCUGAAGCAAAUAAUGAUGCCAUCAUUCCAGUCGAAUACUCAAGCUAAUGUUGUUGAGACACUAGUUUGCGGAGGAUUAGCUGGAUCUACGGCCUCAUUGUUUACGACCCCAUUUGAUGUUGUCAAGACAAGAUUACAAACUCAGGUUCCUGGAUCUACGAGCAAGUGUCAUGGUGUGCUGGCUACUCUGUCAGGAAUAGGAAAGCAUGAAGGCUUGAAAGGUCUCUACAGGGGCUUGACUCCAAGGCUAGUCAUGUACAUGAUUCAAGGUGCACUUUUUUUCGCAUCUUAUGAAUCUUUCAAGCAGCUGUUCUCCUUAGAGGUUCCACGGUUGAGUGCCCGAGACCCAACAUCUUAAGCAGAGGAAUGAGGUUCAGAUAGAUUGAGUUUUGACAGAUUAUGAAGGGGUUCGUGUUUAAUGCUCGCGCCAUCUCCUCAAUGCCUGUGGAAGUUUACAGGAAGAUGUUCCAUACCUGAAAUUUUGGAGCUCUUACUCAGCAAUGAAAAUGGUGAUCUCAAUUUGCCCUGCUUUGGCAAUUCUGGAAGUUUACUUUCCACAUUUGUAGUUCUGCAAUUAACACAGAAGAUUGCUAAGCCCAAUCCUAUAACAGGAUCUGGCUUCGUUGUUUCAGGGAAAAGGAUGUACUCUAUGAUACUGUCAGUUUCUGUUCCCAUAGUAAGAACUCCAUCAGAUAUAUCACUAAGCCUUUCCUCAGUAUCAGGAUCUCCAAGCCCCCAAAGCUCUAUGUCGUCAUCUGGAUUAUUACUACCAUCUAUCCAAUCAAAUUUUAACUCCGGAAAGUUUUCAGGACCAUCUACAACAGCAAGUCUUGAUUGUAGAAAGAAUUCCCUAUGAGGCUUAAAAUCAUCUGAUGAUUGGUGAGAUUCCUUGUCAGAAUGCUUGUAGCUGUAGUCGGAUUUUUUAUCUGUACCAGAAUCUGUUUUCUCAUACAUGCUUUGAUUUGUCACUCCAGUAAAAUGCCUGUAUCCGUAUUUUGGUGAGCUCACACCAUUUCUUUCACUGUUUAUAGUAGUUUUCGGCAACUGCAAACGCCUUAUUUCUUCAUCUUUCUUUGCAAGGGCAUCCCUCAAAGAAGCUACCUGUUCAGGUUAAUUUAAAUUUAGCUCUCUCUAUCUCUCUUUUCAAUUUCCGAUAAUGCAUAUUAACAACUUCAGUAUGUUAUAAGAAAAUAUGUAGAUUGCACAACCUGUUCGGCAAGUUCUCGGACGCUCUGAACUUCAUAACCCUGAGCUGCACCCGACUCAUUUCUGGAUAUUCUCUCGGAAAACUUUAGGGACUUUAUGGUCUCCGAGUACGAAUCUAUCUGAGGAUCGAGAUGUACAAACAUAAGAAUCUUUGCCUGGCCACCUGCAGGAGGAACCCAGACAAUGAGACUGAGAUCUCAAACUUCAGAGAAACAAAGAAAGAUGAUGUAAGGCUGAAGCAUUCAGUUACCUAAAGAGCUUUGAAGAACUUGAGUUAACUUGCUAUUUCCAUAUGGCACGUGAGGCCUUUUGCAAGCCAGCGCGGAGAUUACAUCACCCAAAGUAGAUACAGACUUGCUUGUGUAUCUAUCAUGCAACCUAUAAUCGGUUGCUUCGGUGUGACAAAUCCUUUCGCUGCUAGCCAGAUCGACCAAAUGCAGACAACCAUGGGAGAUUGCAUUGGUCUUCAAAUCCGUUCCACGGACAUGGACAGUUAGUAUGCUGUCUUACACAAAGGUUAAAUCAUUGUCAGGAUCUCUCAAAACUUCGAUAAUGCAGGAAACUACAGUGACAACCUGUGAGAUUGGCUACUUCUUUCAUUCAGAGCAGUUGUACCUACGGAUCGAGUCAGUAAGCCAAUAUUCAUCAGCUCUAAGAUAUCGGUGAUUGAGUUAACAGGAUAUAAGGUAGAGUCAGGCACAUCCAAGCCAUUUGGUAGGCAGGUAUUCCAUAUUCCAAGUGUGCGGAAGUCAAAGGAAACAAUAUGUGUAUCUUGAUAAAGAUGAGGUUAGAAAAACCAAUUUGGAAAUCUGAAAAAGGAUAUCUCUUCUGGGAAGUGUCAUGGCAGAGCAAAUCAUGCACUUGCUCGUUAUAUAUUUCAAUCAUUUGGACUCCAAUGUCAUAUGCAGUGGAGCUGCAUCUUUUCUGCGAGAUAUUGAAGAGAUCAUUCAGAGCUCUAUAGUUCAAACCCCAAUCCACAAUAGAUGUUGCAUUGGGUCCUGUCUGCAUAUAUAUAUAACUGUGAGAAAAAUGAAUGAAAAGGAAAGAAGCCUUUUAACUUACUAUAAAACUAUGAUCUAACCAUUGUGUGAGUUUUCCCGGAACCAGUUUGACCACAAGCAAAUAUGCCUACAUUAUAUCCAUCAAGGACGGACCUGAUUAAUGGCCGAACGUCUCGAAAUACCUCCUCUGCAGAUAAAGAAGAUUUCAAGAGAAUCAAGUAAAGAUCUGAAGAUGCAUAUGUGUACGGGACAACAGCAAAA